CGGAUUACCAAAGCGGCUCCGAUUCCAUGUCCGAGAAAGAGAAUCCAUUGCAGGCUAUCUUUCAGACCUUCGAGAAAAUCUCUCAUGGCGUUCGAAUCUACUUUUCCCAGUUUGCCUGCCUCACAAACAACAAUUACCCAUCACCCACAAAUGGGCGGCCUCUCUUUUCUCUCUCUUCGUCCUUCAAAGCGAACCCAUUGAUCGCAAGCGAACAUUCUACUCUUUUCCAACCAAAGGAGAUCCUCAAUGAGGGAAAAUCUGCCACACCCAUUACCAAAGAAGAGCUUGGCAGGGCCACCUGGACAUUUCUACACACUCUGGCUGCUCAGUAUCCAGAUAAUCCAACUAGACAGCAAAGGAAGGAUGUAAAAGAACUGAUGGAGAUAUUAUCUCGGAUGUACCCCUGCAAGGAUUGUGCAGAUCACUUUAAAGAAAUUCUGAGAGCAAAUCCUGUCCAGGCUGGAUCUCAAGCUGAGUUUUCCCAAUGGUUAUGCCAUGCGCACAAUGUUGUUAACAGAAGCCUAGGUAAGCUGGUAUUCCCCUGUGAGCGAGUAGAUGCAAGGUGGGGGAAGAUGGAGUGUGAGCAGCGCGCGUGCGAUCUACAAGGAACUACGACAUUUUUUGGCGACAAUAUGCGUUAGAACUAUGUUUGUAAUUUGAAUAUACAGGAAAUUACCAAAUUAUGGAUAUCAGUGUUUAAUUGAUGAGAUAUAUUGUACAUGGAAAUUACCAGAUUUUUGUUUUCCCUAUGCCCUCAGUCCUAUACCAUCACUCUGUAUUGGUAAUUUAUGAUAAAAAAAUAUUUGUAACUUUUUAAAUCACAUGUAAUAAACUGUAUUUUAAGAAAA